UCUGCGAGUUCUGCGGCGCUGGCUCUCUGUCUCUCUCUCGCUCUCUGUGAGUGUGAGUGUGAGUGUGGGUGUGGGGGUGAGUGAGUGUGGACGCGCUCCGGGGGCUGCCAGUCUGAGGGCUGUGUGUGGAGCGGCAGCAGAGAGAGGCUCGCUAGCUGGAGUGAGCAGUGUAGAGGUGACAGCGCCGGUGGCUUGGCUACUUUCCACACUCGCUCUAUCUCGGCUGGAGAAUUCUGAUGCGGUGGCCAAUUUGCAGCUUAUUCUACGCGGCGAAGCUGCGAUAGUCAGUACGUUAGUGGGACAGGUCCUAACGGCAUUGACGGAUUACCUGGAGCGUGGAGCUUUCACCAUGAAGCUGCUCCGGCAGGUCUACGUGUCUGCGCUCCUAACGUGUGUGUUUCCCCUGGUACAGGGCUAUGGGGACCAAUCGGAGACUGUCUACUUUAUUCCUGAAUUUGCACUUUCUCCACAAGGAAGCUUUUUGGAAGAUACGACGGGAGAGCAGGCCCUGACAUACCGUUACGAUGAUCAGACGUCACGGAUCACGCGCUCCGAUGAGGAACAGGACACUGGCUGGGAUGCGUGGGGGUCCUGGAGCGACUGUUCCAGGACGUGUGGCGGAGGGGCCUCCUAUUCCCUCCGUCGAUGCUUAAACGGCAGGCGAUGUGAAGGGAGGAACAUUAGAUACAGAACCUGCAGCAAUGUGGGGUGCCCGCCUGAUGCUGGGGACUUCCGGCACCAGCAAUGCUCCGCGCACAAUGACCUGAAGUACCAGGGACAAUAUUACGAGUGGGUUCCCGUCUACAAUGACCCAGAGGCUCAGUGUGCGCUGAAGUGUCAGGCCCGGGGAACUGACCUGAUCGUGGAACUAUCGCCCAAGGUCCUCGACGGUACUCGAUGCAACACCGAGUCUCACAACAUGUGCAUCAGUGGGAUUUGUCAGGUGGUGGGUUGUGAUCGGCAGCUCGGGAGUAAAGCCAAGGAAGACAACUGUGGAGUGUGUGCAGGUGGCGGCUCGACCUGCAGACUGGUGCGGGGACAGUCCAAGUCACACACCUCCCCCGACAAACUGGAAGUCACGGUGAUUGCUGUUCCAUACGGGAGUCGGCAUGUGAAAAUCACCCUGAAAGGUCCUGCCCAUCUCCAUAUAGAAUCCAAAACUCUACAGGGCCAGAGAGGGGAGCACAAUCUCACGUCUCCAGGGAUGUCCGUUAUUGAGAACACCACGGUAGAGUUCCACAAAUCCUCCGAUAAGGAGGUCCUCAAGAUGCAAGGUCCACUCCACGCAGAUUUUAUAAUUAAGACUAGGUACGUAUCAUCAAGGGACAGCGUGGUACAGUUCAUGUUCUAUCAACCCAUCAGCCAUCAGUGGAGAGAGACUGAUUUCUAUCCCUGCACUGUGACCUGUGGUGGAGGGUACCAGCUCAGCUCUGCCGAGUGCGUGGACAUACGAUCAGGCCGAGUCGCUCCCGACCACUCCUGCAACUACUACCCCGAAAAUAAAAAGCCCAAGCCCAAACUGCAGGAGUGCAACAUGGACCACUGCCCCUCCAGUGAUGGCUUCAAGCAACUGACAAUUUACGACCACUUCCAGCCACUUCCACGUUGGGAGAGCAGCCCUUGGACUGCCUGUUCAAUAUUCUGUGGAGGUGGAGUACAAACACGCAGUGUCUCCUGCAUUGAAGAGAACAUGUUUGGUGAGAUUAUCCCCGUGGAAGAGUGGAAAUGCAUGUACACCUUCAAACCUCCAGUGGUACAGAACUGCAACCUGUUUGACUGCCCCAAGUGGAUCGCCAUGGAAUGGUCUCCAUGUACAGUAAGCUGUGGUCGCGGCCUGCGCUACAGGGUGGUCCUCUGUAUCGACUACCGAGGCCAACACACUGGGGGCUGUAACGCCCAACUCAAGCCGCACAUCAAGGAGGAGUGCACCGUGCCAAUCCCAUGUUAUAAAACUAAAGAAAAACUUCCUGUGGAAGCUAAAGUCCCUUGGAUUAAGCAAGCGCAGGAAAUGGUGGAAAGGAUCUCAGUGUCCGAGGAGCCAAAGUUUAUUCCUGAGGCCUGGUCACAGUGCAGCGCCUCGUGUGGGCAUGGCCAGCAAGUGCGGAGGGUGACGUGCCGCAUUCUCCUAUCCUUCUCCCAAACGGAAGAAGAGUUGCCGGAUGAGGAGUGCGAGGAGGAGGAGAAGCCGCCCAGCGAGCGAGCAUGUUACCUGGCGCCGUGUGACGGCACGACGGCUGUACGUGACCCAGAGGUGGCCUACAAUAACCAGCGUGACAACGCAAUGGGCGAACAGUUUGACUGGGAAUACGAAGGCUUCACCCCCUGUACAGCCACCUGUUUAACAGGGAAACAAGAAACUGUGGUUGUGUGUCGUGAUAAACUGACGGAGGAAAGUGUGGAUGAGAGUCUGUGUGAUGAUAACAAGCGCCCUCCACACAUGUUGCGCGUGUGUGGUACACAGCCUUGCCCGGCCAGAUGGGACUCCAGACCGUGGAAACAAUGCAGUGCAACCUGUGGGGUCGGCUUGCAAACCAGGGAGGUUUUCUGCAAACGAACGGUGACACACCACCUGGAGGACUUUGUCAGAGUCGCUGAGGAGGAAUGUUCGGAUCCAAAGCCCCCUGAAGUACAGGCCUGCAAUCAGCUAGAUUGUCCACCAUCCUGGCAUCGUGGAGACUGGCACCCGUGUUCACAUACAUGUGGAGGAGGUUUACAGUCACGCAAGGUCCAAUGCAGGCAGCUCCUGACUGAUGGAAGUUCUGCCAGCCUUCCUGACGAGCUUUGUCUUGAGCACAAACCACAGAUGAAGCAACCGUGUGGUGAUGGUGACUGCCCACCACAACUGGCAUUGGGGAAAUGGUCCAAGUGUUCUGUGAGCUGUGGGGAAGGUUUCCAGCGCAGAGAUUGGCUUUGUCAGACAGUCUCCACAGCUGGGCAACAGGUCACGGUAGACCAGGUCUCAUGCAAUGGAGCCCCCAGACCUCCAGCAGUUCAAGCCUGCACCAUGCCUGCCUGCAAUAAGGUUAGAAAGGACAAAAAGAACAAUGUUUCUCAAAAGCAAGCUGUUCGUGAGCCACAGAUCCUGGGCAUUCACAGAGUUUACAUACAAACCAGGCAAGAGAAACGGAUUCACUUUAGCAUUGGAGGCCGAGCUUACCUCCUUCCAAAAACCUCCAUCGUCAUCCGAUGUCCAGUGAGGAGAUUCCAGAAGUCACUGAUCAAAUGGGAAAGAGAUGGCCACCAUCUACAAAAUACAAAACAAAUUGGAAUUACUAAAUCAGGAUCGCUGAAAAUCCACAGGCUUGAAGCAAAGGAUAUCGGUGUGUACAGUUGCAUUGCAGGACCCACUCGGGACACCUUUGUCCUCAAGUUGAUUGGUGAUGAUAACAAGUUAAUCGAACCGCCUUCUUUCGUCAAAGCUAAGACGAGACAAGGCAUUGGGCCAGAGAAGAUGAAUCACAAUGAAUCCAACAGGCUGGAGGAUAAAUGGACCCAAAUAAGCAAAAUGUGGUACAGUUGGAGCAAAAAGAAUGAAUUAUCUGUGGAUGAUAGUCAGACAAAUGAUCACGUUUUCCUACGCCUACUUGGAAAUCAUUUGUUUUCGAAAAGAAAGGCUAGUUUUGCAGAGUUGUUUGACUCGCAAGAGUUUUAUAACAAACAUCCUGAUCGCUCUAUAUCCCAGGGAGCUUAUAGUAUGGAUACCAAGCAGUUUGAAGAGAUCUUACGGAAUAUAAGUUUCAGGAUUGAGUCUGGAGAAAUACCUGAAGAUUUUGCUUCACAGCUGAUGCACCAGUUGGCCGCUGAAGUAUCUCGACCCCAACCAACGGUGGAGAAAUGGAAAGUCCCAACCGACGAUAACGCAUCCAACUCCAAAUUAUUAGAUAAGGCUCCGAAUACAUCCGAAGCUUCUACAGUUAAGGAUGUACAUCAACACAGGAAGAAACAAAAGCCUCCCGCUAUAUUGAGAAACACACAGCUUCCUCUCCUGCCUCAGAAAAACAUGAGUGUUGCAAUGGGAACCGUGGCAUACCUGGCCAGUAACACGCUCUGUGUCACAUUCCUCUGUGAAUCUACCGGCAGCCCUGAGCCUGACGUUUACUGGACAAAGGAUGGUGCACCCCUGAAAUUUAACGCAAGGAUACAAUUGCGAGAAUCUGCAAGACUUGAAGUCCAGAAUGUCACAAGGCAAGAUGCAGGUCUUUAUGGAUGUAUGGUUACCAAUGAACUUGGAGCAGAUAGUGAAACUUCAUUAUUAUUGUAUUCAGAAAUCCCAACCAUCAAAUUCUCCAGAGAAAAUAUCACAAACCUUACAAUAUGGCACUUAGCAACUGUCAUUGGAAGCAAUUUACUGGCCAGAGUUGGGGCAACAAUUAUCAUUCAUUGCCCAGUUGAAGGUGUUCCCGAACCAAAGAUUACUUGGCAAAAAAAAGAUGGUCUGUUAGGGAAUAAUUCCGUUCUACUGCCGAAUGGAUCUGUGGUGCUGACGAAUGCAAGAGUCACAAAUCAAGGAAUGUACACUUGUACGGCAAUAAAUGAAAUUGGACAAGCAACUAUGUCAACAGUUAUUAAACUAACUGAACCAGGAGUUGCUGCCCAGGCUGUGGGAUCCCCACAAACCAAAGGAAGAAAACGGGUCUUAAUGGCAUCAAAGGCCGGCACUCCAGUGCGAGUUAAACAAGGCGAUGUACUCCGUAUGGGCUGCCCAACAGUUGCCAAAGACAAAAUGGUCAUCACGUGGUAUUUCAAGAAUCAAUCUAUCCACAGCAUCUCAGGACUUGAAUACAAAAUCCUAGCCAGAGGACAGGUCCUCGAAGUGAGAAUGGCAUUGGAGAGGUUGACGGGACGAUACAAAUGUCAGGCUGCCAAUAAUAUUCGGACAGUCUCUGCUUAUGUGAAUGUGAGCUUUGUAGGUGUGAUGUGGGUCGCCAGUGACUGGUCUACCUGUUCAGUGACUUGCGGGAACAAUGGAACUCGCUACAAGAAGAUGCUCUGUGUGAACACAAGGGGACUAGAGGUGAAUGAGUCAGCGUGCUACGAACUUCCAAAACCCCCUAUAGUCAUUGAACCAUGCAGCAUACUGGACUGCCCUGUCAGAUGGGUGACCACCUCAGUGACCGAGUGUUCGGUCCCGUGCGGUAAAGGGGUGCGGCGUCUCAGAGUGAGAUGUGAGCAGGUCAUGGCCAGCGGCACUGUGACCAUUGUGCCUCCAUCUGUCUGUGCAGAAGAGGAUCGCCCAGCCAGUGAGGUGGAGUGUUUACUGCUGCCCUGUGGCCAGUGGAAGAGGUCGGCCUGGGGAGAGUGUUCGGGCCGCUGUGUGGGGGAUAAGGUCGCUGUCCAGCACCGACAAGUGGCGUGUCGCUAUACAAAUGGAACUUUAGCUGCAAAGUCUACCUGUGAGAAAACAGAGAGGCCAGCUACAGCCAGACGGUGUACGUCGGAGAGGUGUGAUGUGCAGUGGAGAGCGGGCCCGUGGAGGCAGUGUGCAGCCACCUGUGGCAGUGGUUUCCAGUCCCGGCGGGUCACCUGUGUCCACAACAAACACCACAGGGCAGUGCCCAACCAACACUGUGGGUGGCAGCAACGCCCCAUCACAUGGCAACAUUGCAACAUCACCAGCUGUGACACUGCGGACGGAGAGUGCAGCGACACGAUGCGUUAUUGUGCACUGGUGCAGCGUCUGAUGCUGUGCCACCUGAACACCUACAAACACCGAUGCUGCAAGUCCUGCAGGCUGCAUUAGUUCACACACACGGCUGCUCGCUGCAUCAUUAGACUCUGGACCGAUGUAUACACAGCCAGCCCCCUGUCGUUGAACAGAAUGCAGUGGAACCUGGAGACUACAGAUCCCAGAGGAGGUGUUACUUAUGUUGUAAAUCUGCUUGUACAGAAAUGCUCUUCAUUGUAUCGGUAAAAUAUGUAGCAGCCGAUUCUCAGAGAAAGAACUGCUCAAGUGUUCUAUCUUUUAGACUCUAACGUGGACUUGUUGUGCCUAUGUAUUCUCCAUCACCAAAGAUAAGUGUUUAGGUGGCAGCACCGAGGCUGGGGAGUGAAAUAUGUACUGCAAGCUGCAGACAAAACAUCUUCUAAACGUACAGGUAGCCUUGGAGGCAAGGGUGGACUGGCAAUCCAGGUGAGUUGCUCAUCCUUCAUCAUUGUGUUGAAUCCAAAUCUUUCACAUCUGAUAUUCCAGAUUAUGUUUUUAUCUGAAUUUGCAGCCAAUCAUGAGAAUAAAGUAUUCCGUCAUUUAGAUUUUUAACUUGUAGACAGCCAUCAUGCCAGCUACUUUGAACCAAGCAAGGCCUAUCUGCAAAAUCAACCCCAUAUUUACAGUGUAGUUUAUUGUCACAUGUACCGAGGUACAGUGAAAAGUUUUUGUUGCAUGCUAACCAGUCAGCAGAAAGACAACACAUGAUUACAAUCGAGCCAUUUACAGUGUAUAGAUACAUGAUAAGGAAAUAGUGUUUAGUGCAAGGUGAAGCCUGCAGAGUCCAAUCAAGGAUAGCGCAUGGGUCUACAAUGAUAGUAGUUCAGGACUGCUCUCUGAGUGUGGUGACAUGAUUUGAAGCAAAUGCAGGCAAUGGUCCAUGUGUUACAGGCCAACCCAGCCUAUGCUGCCAUACAAGUAUUAGUUCAUCAGUUCUAGCAUCAGAAUUAGGCCAUUCAGCACAUCAAGUCUACUCUACCAUUCAAUCAUGGCUGAUCUAUCUCUCCCUCCUAACUCCAUUCUCCUGCCUUCCCUGACACCCGUACUAAUCAAUAACAGAGUUAGCACAUCAGCAAACAUUAGCAGUGUGAAUACAUUGGAUUACUUUAUUCAACUUAAUUAUAAAAUGAUACAAGGUUAGCUGCAGGAAAACUGGGAAAAUAUUGUAAGGACAAUCUCACAGAUCACUCUUUGAUUUUUAAUACAAUGGAGUCACAGAGUUAGACAGCGUGGAAACAUGCCCUCCACCCAACCACAUCCAUGAACACAAAAGGACACAAAGUGCUGGAGUAACACGGCAGGUCAGGCAGCAUCUCUGGAGAAUGUACCAGAUAUGCUCCACAGAUGCUGCCUGACCUGCUGAGUUAUUCCAGAACUUUGUGUCCUUAACCUCGCCACCAUCAACUAGUGUGUGGUGCUGACCUCCCAUCUACCUCAUUGGAGGCCCUCAGUCCUUCAUCGGACUUUACCUUGCACUAAACGUUAUUCCCUUUAUCCUGUAUCUGUACAUUGUGGACGGCUCGAUUAUAAUCAUAUAUAG